AUGAAGCAAAAGAACUUCCACACAAAUAUCAUGCUAGACCUUGAGUGCGCAGACCCGAAUGUAUAUAACCCAGUACUUCUCGAGCUAGGAGCUGUCUACUUUGAUAUCGAUACCGGCAAAGAAUUAGGCCAUCUUAUUACCCCAAUCAGCUACCAAUCCUGCCUGGACCUUGGGUUCGUUACUAAACCGGAAACGCUCUCCUGGUUGGAGAAGACAAUUCCCGAGACACUAGAAACUAGCAAGACCACCUCCGUUACGCUUGCUCACGCACUGUUUAAACUGUCAAAAUUCAUCCGGAGCUGCUGCAAGGCAACAAAACAACAGCUGAGGGAUGUUGGACGGGAGUUCCAUCGUCAGGAGUCUGAACCGAUGAUUUGGGGAAAUGGUGUUCUAGCUGAUAAUCUUUGGAUCCAAACGGCAUAUAGUUCAUGCUCUAUGGAAAAGCCCUGGGCGUAUUACAACAAUAUGUGCGUCCGGACUGUUGUCAAGCAGUGUGCAUUUAUGACCGGACGAGAUUACUCACGGGAGGUGAAGCAGAAGGGGACGAAGCAUUAUGCACUUGAUGAUUGUCGACAUCAAAUCGUUUAUCUAGUGAAGGCGAGGAAUUCCUUGAUGCCAGCUUCGAAGAAGCGUUCGUCUUCUAUUCUCAGCCCCCAGACUUCCUUCUCCAUUUCCGAGGGUGGAGAUGAAGAGUCUCAAUUAACUCAACGCCUCCCAUCACCAAAAAGGAAUACUGCAAUGCCUAUAAGCCCGGAGACAUCUUUCUCGAUUUGUGAGAGUGGUCAAGAAGAAUUUCAAAGAUCUCACGACUUGUCAACCCUAGAUUCUGAUUUUUCAGAACAAAAGAAGCUUCCGACAUUGCCUAUUAGUCCGGAGACAUCCUUUUCAAUUUCCAAUGAUGGGGAAACAGGGUUUCACGGUGUGAACGAUAUCCUAGAUCCAGAUCUUCCAGUGAUAGCUGUGGGAUCUGAGCGCCAUCCCAUAAAAUCGCGUGCGGCAAUGCUUAUAACUCCAGAGACGUCCUUCUCCAUUUCGGAUGAUGGCCGCGAUCAGUCUUAA